AUGAUGACAACCAAUGUAAGCACAGUGAGUGGCUUCCUUCUCCUGGGGUUUUCUGACAACCAGGAGCUGCAGAUCCUACAAGCUUUUCUCUUUUUGAUGAUGUACCUGUUGGGCUUGGCAGGUAAUUUCAGCAUUGUCACCAUUACAACACAGGACCCCAAGCUCAAAUCUCCAAUGUAUUACUUCCUGAAGCACCUUUCCCUUCUUGACCUCUCCUCCCUGUCUGUCACUGUCCCUCAGUCUAUCCACAAUUCCCUGACUGGCAGUGGGUACAUUUCCUAUGCUCAGUGUGUGCUGCAGGUUUUCUUCUUCACAUCCUUGGCCUGGAGUGAGGUGGCCAUUCUCACAGUGAUGUCCUAUGACCGCUAUGUGGCCAUCUGCCUCCCAUUGCACUAUGAAAUCAUCAUAAAUUCCAGAACGUGCAGAUGGGCUGUGUCAUUUGUGUGGAUAAGUGGAGGUAUCCCAGGAACCUUGUACACAGCCACCACAUUCUCCAUCAGAUUCUGCAGGGCCAAAAUAAUCCACCAGUUCUUCUGUGACGUCCCCCAGUUGCUUAAGCUCUCAUGCUCCAAUGAUUACCUUGGUGUGGUUGGAGCAGAUGCUUUCAUGGCUGUUGUUGGAGCUGUCUGUUUCACUGCCAUUUUCUUCUCCUAUGUUCAGAUAUUCUCCACAGUCCUCAGGAUGCCCUCUACGGAAGGUCGGUCUAAGGUCUUCUCCACCUGCCUGCCCCACGUCUGUGUGGUCUCAUUUUAUGUCUUCACUGGUAUGUCUGCAUUUCUUAAGCCAACUUCAGACUCUCCAACUGCUCUAGACCUCAUGCUCUCUAUGUUUUACACAGUACUUCCCCCAACACUCAACCCUCUUAUCUACAGUCUGAGGAAUGAAACCAUGAAGGGGGCUCUAAGGAAAUUACUGCUAGGCAGACAAUUCUUUGGAAAAAGAUCCUUUCAAUUUUCUUUUGAGUAA